GGUAGAUAAAAAUAUGAAGCCUGCAAAAAUAGACGAUAUGUAUACAAAAUUGAAGACCGCUAUCGACAAUAGUAUGAUCAAGCUAGAAAAAGAACUAGAGCAGCAAAGAGAAGAGGAGCGGAGAUUAGCUGAAGAAGCUGAGAGAGAAAGAAAAAGACAGGAAAAGUUGGCUAGAAUUAGAUUGGAGGAAGCAAGAAACGCCACUGACAUUCCCAACGCAUCUAAGUGGAAUUACUCACAAUUGUAUGCUGGUUUUUAUAGUGAUGAUCCAAACAGAAAACAGGCGUCUCUUACCGAAAUUAGAAAAAGAUUGGAAGUUUACCGCAAAUGGAAGGCGGAGAAUGAUACCGAGUAAAACGAUUAAAUAAUCAUAUUUAUCUACAUUUAUUACAAACCA